ACUGUAUUUUUAAUUGAAAUUUUGCACUAAAAGAAUGAUUUUAGUUAUCAAGGCCAAACUUUUAACUUGGGAUUUAAUAUGAAACCCUACACUCGUAAGCUCCCUUUCCAUUGAUCUAUCUGCGCGUUUGGGUUUCUCUCUAUCUUUUUUCUAGCACUUAGUCUGAUUUUUUGGUCGAAAAUUGCUCAAUUUCGAUACGAUUUCAUCGAAUCUGGAGAAAAUUUGAGGGUGCGAAAUUUGCGCUGAGUUCUUUGAGGCGGACGGUGAAGAGGAAUUUCACCAAAGAAGUGGAGUUUUUUUGGACGGGACAACGGGGUCGCUGAGUGGGACGAGAAGUUCCAAAGUCUGUGUACUCUAUCGCCUCCAGAAGGAGAAUUUCACAGUCAUCAACGUUGUUGUUUUGGGUUGCCUGCUAUUAAGGUGUAAGAGGGUUGUGAUUGAAGAAUAUAGAAAAGCAUAACUGAGAGGAAAAGAGGGAAAACCACUUGAAGUGGUCCCCAUUCACCAGACGUGCAUGUCCAAAUCAACAAAACAUGAGGCUUGCAACUGGCUCCAGCACUUCACUGUAAUGUGAGCCAUUUGCUUGUUUUGUAAAUUGAAAUAGUUUUUUCAUAGUAUUUCACAAAGAAAUGGAUGGAAAAGGCAUGGUUUCUUUGAAAGACAUAGUGCCUUCUGCUCAAACCAAUAUAAAAACACAAUUCAUACUUUUGGACAAAGGCAGGACAGCAAUGGAAGGGCAGAAUAAGACAUGCUUGGCCUUGGUGGCUGAUGAGACAGCUGCUGUGCAUUUCCAGUUUUGGGGAGAUGAGUGUGAUGCUUUUGAGCCUGGUGACAUUAUCCAUUUAAUCAAUGGCAUUUUCUCCUAUAACAGGAACAAUCUUGUUUUGAGGGCAGGGAAGAGGGGGACCAUAGAGAAAGUGGGAGAAUUUACUAUGGCGUUUGUGGAGACACCUAACAUGAGUGAGAUUCGUUGGGCACCAGACCCUAGUAAUUCAAAGAAAUACGUGCAGGAGGCUGUUAUUUCUACCCAUUCUCGUAUUUUUCCUCCAUUGGCGUAAAAGCAAUAUGGUUUUUGGUUUUGGAUGUCAAUAUCCGAAGCCACCACCAUCUUCUCCUACCCCCAAACAUUUCCCUGCUCGUCUACCCCUCUACCAUUCUCCAUUUGAUCUUCCCAGCGGCAAUCAUCCCACUGCUGGCCUCUCUUAUCUCUUGUCACAUUCUCUGCCAUUACCACCAUUGCCCUAAACAUUCCUUCUCCACCUUUCUUCUCACCCAUCAUUUCCAUGUUCUUCUACCCCUCUACAGAAAAGGAUUAACAGAGUAAAAGAGGGAAAACUACUUGAAGCUUCAGUUACCAAAUCCACUCUUCUGACAUAUGUCCAAAUUGAGUGUGUUUUUCUAAUUUCUUCUCUUUCCAUACUUGAUUUGGUAAUUUUUCUACUCUAUCCACUCUUUCCUCUUUAUAUUUCCAACCCUCUGUUUUUUUAAGUACUGCUGAAAGCAAAACAUGAGACUCACAACUGGCUCCACCGCAUUGCAGAGAUGUGAUAUGCCAAGUCAAUUCUCCCUCUCUCUCUCUCACUCUCUCUUUCUUUCAUUGUUUAUAGAAUGUAAAGAUAUAGUAUUAUUUCAGUCUUUUUUUUUUCCACAAUGUUUUUCAUUGUGAAAUUUUUUAUUUAAUCAUACAAAUUUGUUGAUCACAUAAGUGGCUUUUGAUUCUUUGGUACUUAAUCCUCAACCUUGAUUGUUUGGCUUUGAACUUGUACUUAAUAUUGAUGGUUUAUGAUAA